UGGAUCCGCGAGGACUUCUGGUUCCCCGUCGGCCGCCGACCAAUCGGUGUUCGCUGAGAAAAGGGGCGGGCCCCGCGGUUCCCUAGGUUACCUGUGUGAUUGACGUCCAGCCUCCUGCGGCGGAGCGCGCAGACCUCCCCUUCCCGCACACUGAGGAGAAAUCCGCGAGAGAGGGAGAGACGGAGAAGCGACACAUGGGCGCGAGAGGAACGCUUUUUGUCUAAAGUCCCUCGCCGCCGUCCUCGCGCUCUCUUUGCCGGAAGGAUGAACGCGGGAGCGCCGGUAGAAGAAGGGGACUCCUGAAGAAGGGACUCGUCGGAAACCUACAUGAAGACGCCACAAGAAGAUUCAUCGAGACGACUGCUACCGAUCGCCUAACCCGAAAGAAGAACAUGUUCAGCAGAGCUUGGUACCCAUAAGGCCUUGCAGGGGCCCAGUGGGUGGGGUUACAAGGAGGCAGAGAUGAACCUGACCAACCACAGGCCGUCACCUGGGGAUAUAAACUCCGCCCACCACUGAUCUUCAGGGUGACUGACAACUGGACCGACGCCUUACACGUGGGCACCUCAACUUUCAUUGGCCCACAGCACAGUGCAGUGUCUGGAAAUGACCACCAAGCGGAAGCUGAUUGGCCGGCUGGUGCCGUGCCGCUGUUUCCGCGGUGAAGAGGAAGUGAUUUCCGUGUUGGAUUACUCCCACUGCAGCCUGCAGCAGGUCCCCAAGGAAAUCUUCAGCUUUGAGAGGACUCUGGAGGAGCUCUACCUUGACGCCAACCAGAUUGAGGAGCUACCCAAGCAACUCUUCAACUGCCAGGCCUUGAAGAAGCUGAGCAUGCCCGAUAACGACUUGUCCAACCUGCCCACCACCAUCGCCAGCUUGGUCAACCUCAAAGAGCUGGACAUCAGUAAAAACGGUAUCCAGGAGUUCCCCGACAAUAUAAAAUGCUGUAAAGGCCUGUCUGUGGUGGAGGCCAGUGUCAACCCCAUCACCAAACUCCCAGAUGGCUUUACGCAGCUCUUGAACCUGACCCAGCUCUUCUUAAACGAUGCCUUCUUGGAGUUUCUCCCGGCUAACUUUGGCAGACUCUCCAAACUACGGAUCCUGGAGCUCAGAGAGAACCACCUGAAAACUAUGCCAAAGUCCAUCCACAGACUGACGCAGUUGGAGAGGUUGGAUCUGGGUAGCAAUGAGUUCACUGAAAUGCCCGAGGUGUUGGAACAGAUACACAACCUCAGAGAGCUGUGGCUGGAUAACAACUCCCUACAGAAUAUACCAGGGGCGAUAGGAAAACUUCGCCAAUUGCGGUACUUUGACUUAGCUAAGAACCGCAUCGAGACGUUGGACACUGAAAUCUCCGGCUGCGAGUCCUUAGAAGACCUGCUUCUGUCCUCCAACAUGCUGCAGCACCUCCCUGACUCUAUAGGAAUGUUAAAGAAGCUGACAACAUUGAAGGUAGAUGACAACCAGCUGACCUCGCUGCCUAACACCAUUGGGAGUGCGAAGCCCAAGCAAGGUCUGUCUCUAUUGGAGGAGUUGGACUGCAGUUGUAAUGAGUUGGAGUCGUUGCCUCCCACUAUCGGCUACCUGCACAACCUGAGGACCUUCGCUGCUGACGAGAACUUCCUCUCAGAGCUGCCGCGGGAGAUUGGUAACUGUAAGAACGUGACCGUAAUGUCAAUGCGGUCCAACAAACUGGAGUUUCUUCCUGAUGAGAUCGGACAGAUGACCAAACUACGGGUUCUCAACCUCAGUGAUAACAGGUUAAAGAAUCUACCGUUCACCUUUACUAAGUUGAAGGACCUGGCCGCUCUCUGGCUUUCCGACAAUCAGUCCAAGGCUCUGAUCCCACUGCAGACAGAAGCACAUCCUGAAACCAAACAGAAGGUUUUGACCAACUACAUGUUUCCUCAGCAACCGCGACAUGAUGAGGACUACCAGUCGGAUAGUGACAGCUUCAAUCCCACUUUGUGGGAGGAGCAGAGACAGCAGAGGAUGACUGUGGCCUUUGACUUUGAAGACAAGAAGGAAGAGGAAGACAACUCUGGAAAGGUCAAGGUGGAGAUAAACCUAAAGCGCUACCCAACACCCUAUCCCGAGGACCUUAAGAACAUGGUCAAGUCGGUGCAAAGCCUUGUGGGUAAAAGCGUACACGCGGGACACGGGCACCAGCACCAACACCAGCACCAGCAUCAGCAUCAGCACCAGCAUCAGCAUCAGCACCAGCACCAGCAUCAGCUGAGCACAGGCAGCGCCACCUCGGCAGGAACCAACAUGGAACACACACACCUCAGCAAAGAACAGUACGAACCGCCGUGGCCCCUGCCUCCGAAAGAGGUGACAGACAGAGAGAUGCAGGACUUCUCUCAGUCUCAGCUAAUGGAUCAGGGAUCUAUGCAUAACUCUGGAAUCGACAUCCCCAAGAGGAAGGACAAAGAGGACCUGACAGAGAGCUCCGAGACUGACACGACAAGAAGCCUCCAACUUCAGAAAUAUUAUAUUUAUAAGGACUCCAUGGGUGGCUCUCCCAAUGACAUCCGCAUAUCCGACAUGAGGCCCACCCUGGUGGAGCCGCCGAUGUACAAACCCAAGGUGGUUCUGCUGGGGAAGGACAAGAAAGAGUCCACAGAUGAAGAGGUGGAUAAGCUCCACUGUCUGAACCACAGCGGCUCCUCAGCCACUUACUCCGACUACUCUCCCUCGCAGGGCUCCUCCGGCUCCUCCAACCCGCCCGGCAACGCUCACCCACACGCACACUCUCACGCACACUCACACCAGCACCCGCACCCACACGCACACGCUCCCGCCCUGCCGGCCUCGAGCAAGGACCAGGCCCCUCAAAUACACUGGACCAACAGGCUGGCUCAGUCUUUCCCCAAACCCAUUGACUCCAAGCCGCUGCUGUCUCAGAGAGAAACUCCUCCGUCGGGAACGCUGCAGCAGCGCGGGGAUCGGCGCCCACUGAGCGAGCCUUUUGAUUGGUCUGAGGCUCCUCACUAUGACAACACAGGUUUCGAUCCUGACGAGUCUCCUAUGGAUCCUCCGUCCACUGGAAGCCAGGGAAACCCGCCGCUGGGCUCCAAAGGCCGCAGCCAGUCAACACAUGGGCGCCGCCCGCUGCUCAGGCAGGAGCGAAUCGUAGGGGUGCCACUGGAGCUCGACACUCAGACGCUGCCCUUCCACGGCAACCAACGCUCCACGCCGGACAAUGACCCACAGUCAGGGCAUCCUUCCCAGAAUCCCUGGCAGAACUGGACCAGAACCCCCAGCCCGCUGGAGGACCGAACCGCUUUUCCCUCCAAACUGGACCUGACGCCCACAUCGAGCCCCAACCCAGACCGCAAGGACCCAAGGCUGGAACAAGGCACGGGGCCUCUGCCCGGCAGCUGGACCUACCACGACAAUCAGGGGGAGCAGAACAGGAAGGAUCAGCUAAGUGUAAGCGGGGGCAACAAGGUAACCGUGGUGAUGAGUAAAAGCUCGGACCGCCUGUCCCCCAUGAUGAGGGAGACAAGAUCCAAGUUCAAGAAGUCACAGAGCAUCGAUGAGAUCGACAUUGGCUCCUACAAGGUCUACAGUAUACCCGUGGACAGCUACAGUACAUCCAUUGAGCAACAGACUAGUUUGGACCGCCAAGACAUGCCCUGUUCUAUGGAGCAGACCAACAUGUCACGGUCACAGUCUGCCCCCAUGUUAGACGAUGACCUGAUCUUUGCUGGACACGGAGCCAGCAACCAGAACCAGUCGGGACAGAAGCCAGCCAUCCCACACAAGGCCUACCACUUUGACCACAACUACAACCCCCAGGUGACCAUGGACCGUCGGGUCCCUCCCCCCUUCCCCAACACACCAGAUUAUGUCAACCACUCAUCGAAAGCCUUGGAGUACAUCAAUCAACCAGGGAAGACAUUACCCAAGGAGUUAGUGAGCCCUCGGUAUCGUGCGUAUCCACCGCUGGAGAUGUUUUCUUUCCCCCAAUCGCCGAUCAACCAGGAUGGUGCGUCCAGCCAGCACCAGCAGCCCAUCCCCGCACAGCGCUCCAGACCUGGCUUUCUGAGGAGAGCGGAUUCUUUGGUGAGCUCCACGGAGCUGGCCUUGUUCCGCAGAGUCCAUGAAGCCCAGCAGGAGGCCCUCCAGGAAGCUCAGUACAGACAGCAGGCGGACCCCCCUCUUUACGGUCGGGCUCUGGCCUACUCCACCCCCAUGGAGCACUCUGCUCUCUCCAACAUGGCCGACAGCCAGAGCCAAAUGAUGCACAACAAGAGAAACGGUCGCUACGAUGACGAUUAUCCCACCUACCAAGAACAGAAGAAGCCCAUGAUUGGUUAUCCGACCAAGAGCCUGACUCAGCGCCGCCCUCUGUCCGCCCGGAGCUACAGUACUGAGACAUAUGGAGCCUCUCAGGCGCGUCCAGUGUCAGCUCGUCCCACCAUGGCUGCCCUGCUGGAGAAAAUGCCCCCUGACUACACUCUCGCAACCUGCCCCGAAAAACCAUCUGACGAUACCAUCAAAGUAAGGCCUGGCGUCCCACAGAAGCCCGACGACAUCACCUCCAGGAUGCCUCCCGAUUGGAGGCAACAGCUACUUAGGCACAUAGAAGCCAAACGAUUGGACAGGAGUGGUGUCCUAAAGCACAACACGCUCACGCUGGGCAUGCUCUGUCAGGGCGGGGGUCACGGCCAGGGGCGCAGCAGCACUUUGAACUUUAAUCUUUACAAUAACACAAAGCAUGAGCCUCCUGCUGGCCGCUGGCUGCCACUACCUCCUCCUCCGUCUGCUAAAGCUACCCCGUCUCAACAGGCUGCCAUGCUGGAUAAUGAUCAGGAGGGGCUCUCAGGGAGCAACCAGUGGGCUCCUUAUUCACUUGGCAGGAGGGACGUCCCACCUGACAACCUUAUGAAAAAGAGCGGCCACUCGCACAACCCUUCCCACCAGUCACACAACACCAUGAUCGUCACCUCCUCUUCCUCCUCCUCCUCCACCACCCCUCACCGUGUAGUGCAGCAGGGCUACGAUGGGAUGAUGAACAAAGGGGGCCAAUACCAACCAGGCAUGCCUCUGUCAGUGGUUCCCUCUGGGGGGCCUGGGCAGUACCAAGGCAACAUGCCUCAAGGCCAUCCCGCCCCUGGACAGGGCUACCAGGGUUCUGGCCUGCCCAUGGCUCUGUCCCCGUCUGGGAACCAGCCUCAGUACAACCUCCAUUCCUCCCACCCAUCCCAUCAGCCUGCCACCAACCCUCAGUACCACGGCAACCAGGGCAUGGUCCAUAGCAACCAGGGCAUGGCCCACAGCAACCAGGGGAUGGUGCAUAGCAACCAGGGGAUGGUACACAGUAAUCAGGUUGUCAUGACUCACACUAACCCGCGGCCUCAGAGCGCUCGCUGCCUGUUGCAGACUAAAGGCCAGAAGAGCACAGAUGGUUUUCAAGAGCAGUUGUGUGUGAGAAUAGAGAAGAACCCUGGUCUUGGUUUCAGUAUCUCUGGUGGCAUCAGCGGCCAGGGGAACCCCUUCAAACCCUCCGACAUGGGUAUCUUUGUUACUAGGGUACAGCAUGACGGGCCUGCCACCUCCGCCCUGCAGCCCGGAGACAAGAUUCUGCAGGUAACGUCCCCUCAGUCGUCCUCAACUGGGCCAGAAACCUCCUGCCCUCCCUCAGCCGCCCCUUGUUUUAUAAACACACAGGCACAGCAUUCAGUAGGACGUUGUGUACCCGUUACCUACCACAGCUGGCUGGACAUUUGAUGCAUUUUCCCGCCUGUAUGUUCUGCCUCCGCGUGUACCUGGUGAUCCUAAAAUCAGGCAUGACCCCCCCCCCCACCCCUUCCUCCCACCAUCCCCCGCCUCCCCGCGCCCACUCUUUCUCAUCCCUCAUCAGAUUCAAAAGAUUUUAUUGUCAGUUACACACGCCCUGUGUAUUGAAAUUCUUGCGCUUGCCUUUUCUGGAAAGCCAAGCAAUUUUAGAAUAAAAAUACAAUAUUUACAUAAAUGUACAUGAAAUAAAAAUAAAAAUGAGGUAAGGUGGAAAAGUGCAAAACUGAGCAGGUUGGUUAUACAUAUCACUAUGAGGAUUACUGUGAGACCGAGGACGUUUAGAAUUUUCUAAAGGAUGUCGGCGAUAUUGGCAACAAUGGUGUGGCGUCAUUUGUCUCCACUGAAGGGCUCAGUUGUUGAUAAUGGCUGCCACUUAGAAAUCACUGCACAAGUUUAACGUGAGACCAAAGAGGUUUCUGCUUGUGCCUGCGUUAGGUUCAUCACAAAAUACGUUACAAAGACGCGUUAUGUGUACAAGCAUUCAGCGAAGAAAAGGACACAAACCAUUCGUACACAGACGCAUCAUCGAGGGAGACAUUCACACAUGGAUUUGUUUGACCCUGAGGAUCAGACAACAAUCAAACAAAUGCAAGUAUUUUUUGCCACUUAGAUAUUUGCAGGUCAAUUAACGCUCGUUCUAAUACGGUAACUUUGGAGACUUUGGCCUCGACACAGGGAACCUUUCUGGAUCGCAGCGUGCGGUAAGAAUUACAGUGUGUUAUAUUUGAGAUGAGCGGAUUGUCUGAAAUAUAAGUUGAGAUAAAAAAGAAAUAUGCGUGCACUACAAGUAAACAUUCAUUUUACUGCAGGGAUACUUUCCCAGGGGCGAUCGAAAGCAAUUGAAUCAAUAUUCACUUCCCCUGUAGAUCGGUCAAAUUGAAUCAAUAAAACCUCCACAGAAAUUAUUCAUGAUUAUUGACUUUAUUUGUAUUUACUGUAGCUAUCACGUCAAAGCAACAGUGAGGUCCAAAAGGAAGCGCGAGGAUUGUACUGCGAGGUGAAAAUGAGACGCCAGUCUCAAUGACAGAUUGACCCCCCCCUCUCUUCCCUUCGUGUUUGGCUCCCCCGUCUCCUCCCCCCUCAUCUUCUCUCCACAGAUGUACAGUUUAGCUGGAUGAACUCAUCUAAAAGCCCUUUUUUGUCUUUACCCCUUCUCUCUCUACAGCAUGACUGUGUAGCUCCUCCUCUUCUCUCUCUUUUCCCCAACAGUGAUGUGUUACUGAGAUAAUGAUGGCAGUGACCCUCCAUCCUUCCACACGCACACACACACACACGCACACCCACACACACACAAAGGCCUAUGUACGGAAAUUCUGCAGCACACGUACCUCUAUACAUACAUGCACACGCACGCAUGCUGUUGACUGUGCUGCGUGUUUGCCUUGCAGGCUAACGGACAUAGUUUUUUACACAUGGAGCACGAGACAGCCGUCUCUCUGCUGAAGAGUUUCCAGCGGACGGUGGACUUGUUGGUUCUGAGAGACAGCAGCACUUGCUAAAAAAUAGUUUUAUAACAAACAAACAAAAAGAAAAACACGACAACGCUUCUCCACCCCGCUCUUCGCCAUCCCCGAGCCGCUUCACCUGCCCUCCACUGCAGGCUCGUGGAACUGAAAUAUGAGCCGCCUUUUUUUACCUUUGUAGGGGACAUUUAUUUGCCUAUUGCUGGACCAAAAGGCAAAUACUAGUGCCAAACGUACCACAGGAAACAUAUCGGCUCCUCUGUCUCCCGGCGGUCAGGGACCUGAUCGACGUCUGGACGGACAUCCAGAGGACUCUCUGAGUCCCUACAGGGCUGCUGCAGUUUGGAUCGUGUGGUUGUCAGUUAGGCAGUCAUCCGAUGAGUCCGAUGAGUUUGUUUUUGUGUUUUUGCUUUUCUCCACUGCCUUUCAUUUUGCCUUCCACGUUAGAUAUUUAUCCAUUUGUUCGGUGCAGCACGCGAUUCACUUUCCAUGUUUUUUAUUCCAUUGUUCUCUUUUUCCUUCUUUUGAGCUGCAUCUCCUGUUCUGUUCUUCUCUUUCUAACGCUGUCUGGUGUUUUAUUCUUUUCGGCUGUCUUCUGUUUUGCAGGUAUUUUUGCCUCCAGUGUACAGAAACGUAAAAGACUUUCUGCCUUGUGUACAUAUAUUGAGCUGAAGCUUUAUGGAGCUGCACUCUCCUUGGGGCCUGGACAGACGGCUCUGAAAGUGUAUUAUUGAUAUAAAUAGUGUUGAUAAACUCAAUUCUGAAUUCUGUCUUUCGAACAUACAGGGAUUAUUUCUCCAAAUGGACCAUUUUCUAAAGUAUACAAUUUUUAUUUUUUUUUUUCUGUAAAGAAAACACUGUUGAUAGUUCAUUACUGCUUCUUGUUUUAUUUGUUUGUGUUGUUAUUAUUUAUUUUAUUUUGAAACUGUUGCUUGCACAGGUGUACUGAUAAGAGCUAAAGCAAUACUAGUGAGGCUCGGCCCAUUGAGAUUUUCAGCAGAGCCUAAUUUGUCCUACAGUGCCAUCUAUUGAGCAAAUCAUGCUAAUGUUUACACACACUGCCAUGCACAUGCGCUAACAGGCAAACACACACACUCAGUAGACAUAUGUGCCCCCAUAUCCAACACAUAUGCAAUGUUCAGUUUACUAUUGAUAAUGAAGCCGUGUCCAUAUUCUAGCCUGAUUCUACAACGACGCAGGUUGCGCACACUCAAACGCUGUAACAUUACUCAUAUCUGUGCCAUGAUCUGAAGUUGGGUUUUCCAGUGUUGUUACGGCGAUGUUACAUGCUUUUUUUAGCCGUUUGGGUUGUAUGAUAAUGUCACAGCAUGCUUUCAUAUUGUUGGUCACUCUCAGCCAGCCUUUUUCUGUUGGCUUACAGAGUCCUCAACUUUGUAGAAGAGUCGUGUUGAAUUAUACCGCUGAGUUUCAGUGAGGCUGAUGUUGUGUAGUUGGCGCCAUACGGACCCUCUGCCCCCUCCCCGGUUGUAUUUACACACCGGCCCGAAACAUCUGAGCUUUCCCGCCUUGUGGCCCAGAUCUGAUCCGCACACAGUGAGAGCAGCAGCGGGGCGUUUUUUAAAGUUUGGCUCGGCCUCCAAGCAUCCGCUCUGCCCAAGUGUCUUGACCUCUGGCCUCCCUGCAGAAAGCACCAAAACAGAAAAUAUCAACAAUAUAACUUUCUUAAAAGGGUUAAAUCUGCAAUCAAACAGAUGGUCCCCUUUCAGACAAUCAGGGAAAGAUCUGAUCUGUGCCACAAAGACUUUUGGCUGCACUUGAAAUGUCAGUGUAACUUUUAUAACCUGAGGAGCUCCUAGUUAACACUAGAUGUACAUGGAAAUAUUGAUAUGCCAACUUUUGGUUGGCGAAUUUUCAAGAUUAGAUGUGGAUAGGGAGAGAAAAUAAACUGAUUGUAUGCGAGGUUUCUGGUGCCAUGUAAAUGUAGUCUUAUAUAAUCUGACCUCCGUGGUCAUGAUAAAGAAAACGUUUAGACUUGACAGUCUGACCACAGGAAGAGAUUGAAGAGGUUCAUUUCUGUCUCUGUGUAAAUGCAACACUUCAUGACAGUGAGUUUUGUUUUGUUCUGUUUAGCAUCUGAUGUUUCAUCCAGAGCAAAACAACAUCCUUACCUGUCCUUUGCUUUUACUUGACUUGACAGUGUCACCCUGUGCCCAUUGCGUGUCAGCCCUCCUAAUAAGCGUUUAAACUUUAUUCUCUCAGAAUAAGGGACACAAAAUGGCACAGUUUAUUCUUGUGGGAGAGAGACUUGAUCUUAACCACUGAUACCCAACCUACUCUCUUUAAAGUUUGAAAUAUCAAAGAUAUUAUGAGGACAGAGAAAAAGGUUUGAUAAUAUAAUUAUUUUUUACUACAUGUUUCAGGUAAUUCUUUCUAAAUAUAUUGAUAUACCUUAGCUUUGCUCAAACAAAUUGUGAUAUUUUAUAAUAAUGACACUUAUAACGAAGUUAUGGAUGGAGGUACGCACAGUAUGACUUGGAGACCUACACAUGUACUAUCCAAAACUGUAUAAAAUGUAUUUCUACUGUAAUUGUGAAUUUGUGUUAUACAAAUAUAUAUUAUAUAUAUAUGUAUAUGACUAUAAAAACAGUCAUUUUCUAUGUGUUUAAACUACAUAAGAGCAGAACAAAUGCUGAGGACGGUAUCAUUGUACAUAGCUGUGAAUGGAAUCCAAUUUAAAAUGACUCAUAUUGAUUGUGAAUGUACCCAUGCUUUCUGCAGUACCUACACAUACCCAACUUGAAUGCUGCUUCUUCUGUUGUGUGACAAAAGUACUUUGACCUCCGAAGAGAGAAUCGCUGUCGAGUUAUAAGUUGGACAAACUUUGGUGAUGAUUUAACAGAACUAUUUAUUUAUUUAUUUGCACAUGCAAGUUGAAAUCCUUCCAGUUUUAAGUUUGAGUAUUAUCGCGGAGAAAUGUUAUUGCAGAAGUAUAUAUAAUAUAUAUCAUGUGUUUAGAAUGCAUUUUGCAGACGCUAUCUGUAAAUAAUAUUUAAGAUACAGUUUUUACAAAAAAUAAUAUAUGUAUAAAAUUGAAAAAAUGCUGUGCAGCGAUUAUACUUGAGCCAUUUUGGGCUUUGGGACGUACCAUUUUUUCAGUAUAUAAGAAGUGUUUUGAAUAAUGUACUAAAGUCUCUAUUGUACAAAUAAUAAAAAUGUCACUAUUGGUA